AAAUCCAUUCAAUACUAGUGCUACAAGCAUGUCGAGAGAGCGAGCAGUUCAGUACUCUCUUCUAGCGUUUUCCUAUAUUCUCCUUGUGAUCUUCAUGGGUGUUCUGUCUGUAAAUGGAGAAGAGAAACAGAAGAAGGACUUCUAUAUUGCUUUCUUGAGAGAUCAACCAGUUGAUGAACAAUCUGUGCUUCAGUCUCAUAUUGAUGUCCUCUCAACUCUCAAAGGCAGUCAUAUCGAAGGUAAGGAGUCCCUUGUCUAUAGCUACAGUAAAAGCUUCAACGCGUUUGCUGCUAAGUUAUAUGAAGAAGAAGCCAACGAGUUAUCCAGAAUGCAAGAAGUUCUUUCUGUUUUCCGAAAUCGGUAUCAUAAGCUGCAUACUACAAAAUCCUGGGAUUUUGUUGGGUUGCCUCAGACAGCAAGAAGAAACCUGAAAGUGGAGAGCAGCAUAAUUGUGGGUGUUUUUGACACAGGGAUUACUCCAGAGUCAGAAAGCUUUGCCGACAAAGGGUUUGGACCUCCACCUGCUAAAUGGAAAGGGACUUGUGGCCACUUUGCUAAUUUUUCAGGCUGCAACAACAAGCUCAUAGGAGCAAGAUACUUCAAGCUGGACGGCGAGUCAGACCCAAGGGACAUAUUGUCACCACUAGAUAUGGUCGGUCAUGGAACCCACACUUCAUCAACCGUGGCCGGAAGCCUAGUCGAAGAUGCCAGUCUCUUCGGCCUUGCCAGAGGCACUGCUCGGGGCGCCGUGCCGUCGGCCAGGGUGGCUAUGUACAAGGUGUGUUGGUACGGUUCUGGCUGCGCCGACAUGGACCUUCUCGCCGGCUUCGACGCCGCCAUCCACGACGGCGUCGACCUCAUCUCCCUCUCCAUCGGUGGUUUGACGGGUGGUUAUGUGAAGGAUUCCAUAUCCGUGGGAGCAUUUCAUGCUAUGAAGAAUGGGAUCGUUACCGUUGCUUCUGCCGGAAAUGAUGGAACCCCCGGUUCUGUCACCAACCAUGCGCCGUGGAUCUUCACUGUGGCAGCCAGCGGCAUUGAUCGCCAGUUUAGGAGCGACGUUCUGUUGGGAAAUGGCAAAACCGUCUCAGGACUUGGGGUGAACGUAUUUGACUCGAGGCAAAAAUUGUAUCCCCUCGUUAGUGGAAGCGGUGUGGCCAAAACUGCCACCAGUAUUGACGAUGCAAGGUACUGCCAUGAACAAGCAAUGGAUGGGCGGAAGGUGAUGGGGAAACUCAUCUUCUGUGAGCUAAGAGCACAAGAAUGGGGAGUUGAUUCUGUGGUAAAAGGUAUGGGAGGGGUUGGAUCCAUCAUUAAGAGUGAUGAAUAUCUCGAUGUUGCCCAAAUAUUCAUGGCUCCAGCCACCAUUUUAAACUCCUCCAUUGCCGAUACUACUGUUGCUAAAUACAUCAACUCCACAAGAUCGCCAUCAGCAGUGAUAUACAAAUCUCACGAAGUGAAAAUCCCAGCUCCAGUCGUUGCUUCAUUUUCAUCUCGGGGUCCAAAUCCAGGGUCAAGAAAUGUGCUCAAGCCUGAUAUUGCUGCACCAGGCGUAGACAUUUUAGCAUCAUACACACCAUUGAAGUCAUUAACUGGGCUGAAAGGUGACACCCUCUUCUCAAAAUUUACUCUCAUGUCAGGCACUUCCAUGUCUUGUCCACACGUCUCCGGUGCAGUUGCCUAUGUCAAGUCUUUCCACCCUACUUGGUCCCCGGCGAUGAUCAAAUCUGCCAUCAUGACCACCGCAAAACCAAUGAGCCGAAGACUGAACAAGGAGGCUGAGUUCGGCUAUGGCGUCGGCCAACUGAAUCCAAGCAAAGCAGUGAGCCCUGGCCUAGUCUAUGACAUGGAUGUGAUGUCUUACGUUCAGUUCCUAUGCCACGAGCAAUACAAGGGAUCGGAUAUUGCAGCUUUAGUGGGCUCGAAAUCCAUCAACUGCUCAGCUCUGCUUCCUGGAGCGAGCAGCGACGCUCUCAACUACCCCACCAUGCAGUUGAGUCUGAUCAGAAGCGAUCAUCAAAAGCCAACCACUGCCAUAUUUAGAAGGACAGUUACGAAUGUAGGGCCCCCUAGAUCCACGUACAAUGCCACCAUUAGGGCUCCCAAAGGAGUGGAGAUUACGGUGAAGCCAAUGAGCCUGUCUUUCUCCCGGGCCUUGGAGAAGAGGAGUUUCGAGGUUCUGGUGAAGGCGAAGCCGUCAGCUAUGGUAAUUAGCAGCUCGAAACCGCCCGUAUUAUCAGGGUUGCUAAUAUGGAGAAGCUCUGGUCACCUUGUUGUCAGGAGCCCCAUUGCUGUUUAUUAUCCCACAGAUGAUGAUCGGAUAAUAGCUGGCCUAGCAGCUAUUAAUUAAUUAACCAGCUUGGAACUCAUUAAUUUGGAUGCAUAUAUAUCCAAUUUUUAAAUAAGCAAAUUGUCCAAAAGUACGACUAAUGAUGAUGAUUAUUACUAAAUGUAACCGCAUCAAAACCAAAAAUAAAUUCAUUAUUAUAAGGUAAUACAUAUUAAUUAUUGGUUGA